CUUCUUCUUCUUCUUCUUCUUCUUCUUCUUCGAUCGAGAGAGACAGAGAGAGAGAGAUGGCCGGAGAUCGAAGGUUCGGGGUGGCGGUGGACUUCUCGAAGAGCAGCAAGAGGACGCUGUCAUGGGCGAUCGAUAACCUAGUUAACAAGGGUGACACUCUCAUCCUCAUCCAUGUCAAGCAAGGGGAGCUCGACGAGGCAAAGCAUGCUCUCUGGGCACAAUCCGGCUCUCCUUUGAUUCCGUUAAUUGAGUUCCGGCAGCCGGAGAUCAUAAAGCACUAUGAUUUGGCAGCCGAUGCUGAGGUUCUUGAUCUUCUCGAUACCGCUUGUAGGCAGAAGGAGGCGUCGAUCCUGACGAAGAUCUACUGGGGCGAUGCGAGGGAGAAGCUCUGCGAAGCCGUGGAGGAUCUGAAGCUAACCUCGAUUGUGAUGGGAAGCCGGGGACUUGGUCAGAUCCAAAGGAUUUUGUUGGGCAGCGUCACAAAUUAUGUACUGUCAAAUGCUUCAUGUCCGGUGACGAUCAUCAAGGAACAGAACAUCAAACCCUAAGGAAACUUUGCUUGUUGUUUAUCUCACGAAUAAUAAUAUUUUCUGUUUUGCUCGACUAUGUAAAACUCCGUAAAAAUUCAUCGGCCAUGUAUAUCUUUUGUAAUUUGUGGCUAGAAUCUCAAAUAAUGUUACCUAAUAAAGGAUAAAAGUAGCCGAUGUUGUUCUUGCUGAACACCGAAGUAUAUGUUUUCCACUAUAAAAUCAUCUUACUAA